GAAAAGCCGAAAAAAAGCGGAAGCCCAAAGAUUGACCAAGGCCCAUCAAUAGGAAGUUUACAUUCAGACCGAGGAAAAUGCUUUGUUGAAGAAAGGUGGUGGUCUGGUCUGGUCUGUUCUCUCUGUAAAAAACAAAGAAAUGAGUGAUAGCGGUGGCGGUGGCGGUGGCGGUGGACGUAAAUGGUGGAAAAUAGCGGUGGUGGUAAUAGCAGCAAUAGGAGUGAGGGAGCUGAACAAAAGGUACGGAUGGGACAAGGAAGGAGCAAUGAAGGUGUUAGGAGAAUGGUCGGAUCGCAUGGGUGUGUGGGCCAUGCCCGCAUACGUUGGGGUCCACACUCUCACUCUGGCGCUGUGCUUGCCUUACGCUGUUUUCAUGGAGGCCACUGCUUCUCUAAUCUUCGGCUUCUUCCCUGCUGUUGUCUGCGUCUUCUCCGCUAAGGUCCUCGGCGCUUCCCUCUCCUUCUGGAUCGGAAGGUUAGUAUUCAGGAGCUCAAGUUCAGCAAAAGAAUGGGUCCAGAAAAACAAGUACUUCCAUAUCCUUUCCAAAGGAGUUGAGCGUGAUGGUUGGAAAUUUGUCCUCCUUGCUCGCUUCUCACCCAUGCCCUCAUAUGUCAUAAAUUAUGCCCUUGCUGCCACCAGAGUUGGGUUCAUUGUGGAUUUUCUUCUGCCAACAGUGAUUGGAUGCCUGCCAAUGAUCAUGCAGAACACAUCCAUUGGCAGCCUUGCUGGUGCCGCUGUUGCUUCGGCAUCUGGUUCUCAGAAAUCUCAGGUUUGGUCAUACCUUUUUCCUGCACUUGGGAUCAUAUCAAGCAUUUUUAUUUCCUUGAGAAUCAGAAAGUACUCUACUGAUAUCUCAUUGGCUGAAGUGUCUCCCAGUGAGCAUGUUCAUGACUCUAAAAAUGAUGGCUCAUCGCAAAACUUGUCUGGUGAGCUAGGAAGUGAAGGCCUGAAAAAGAAUCAAUGAUGACAGUUUUUUUAAACUAUGGUUUUUUUAUGAUAUAUUUUUUUUGUUCCCGUGACUGAUGAUUUGUGGUUGGGAAUGCAUUGUGUUCUAAAUGUUUAAUGUGCCUGUUUGGCAUUAUUGUAGGAAGUAGAGUUUUUACUCGAGUUUUAGUAAUAGAUUUUGCGAUGUAGAACAUGAACUGUGAAUUUAGAGUUUUUUGGUUCAAUUUUA